UUAGAAUUUUGGACAGUCAAUCGUUCUGUAGAGUUCAAAAAAGGCUGUAGAAAUUUUACAAUGUAUCAAUACAGAACUGAAAGUACCGUUCCAAGACCAGAAUCUUUUUGCGCAGACGUUAUAACAGCAAUUAAUAGCAAAGAGGCAAAUAAAGCAAAACUUUGGCAGAAUUUGGCAUCUGCAGCGGAAUCGGGGAUGGAUUUUAGCUCUCGAUGGAUGCGCAAUCCUGAACAGCCCAAAUUGGAAGAAAUAAUUACAACAUCAAUAGUUCCGUACGAUUUGAAUGCUUUUAUUUGUGGGAACUAUCGAAUCCUUUCAGAAUUAUUUACUGCUUUGGGAAAAAAGAAAAAGGCUAACCAUUACAAAAAGCUCUAUUUAAAACUCCGCGCAGACUUUAGAAACGUUUUUCUAUACGAUAAAGAAGAAAAUAAAUAUGGCUGGUAUGAUUAUAAUUUGGAAACAAAAGAAAAUAAUAUUAAUUUUUAUUCAUCAAUGGCUGUUCCUCUCUUCACUCAAUGUUAUGACACUUCAGAAAAACCUAGUGUCGCCGAACGAAUUUAUAAUACAAUGAAAAAUUAUGGGGCAUUUGAAAAGGCUAAAGGGGCUGAAGAUUAUUAUGGAGUCCAAGUCAGUACUGUAGACAGCGGCCUACAAUGGGAUGCUCAUAACAUAUGGCCGAACCACGAACAUAUGGUAGUUCUUGGAUUGUUCAAUUCUGGCAAGGAAAAUCUUAAACAAGAAGCUUUAUAUUUGGCUAAGAAAUGGAUUAUAGCAAAUUACCGUCUAUAUUCCCAAUGUAUCGAAAAACCAAUGUGGGAAAAAUUGUCGGCUACGGGGACAAGUGGAAAGGGUGGUGAAUAUGUACCUCAGCUCGGCUUUGGCUGGUCUAUUGGCACCGUAAUGGAUUUCCUUCAAAUAUUUAACGAUCAAAUAAAAUUUAAUUCGACUGAAUUACCCAAUGUAACACCAAAGAAGUGUUUUUAA